AUGCAUUGGAAGAUUUUGACAAACCAGGGGUUGGAAAACAGACAGCAGGAGCAGAAGGUGGCAAACCAAAGGAAACACAUUCUAGUGCUGGGGACCCUAUAUCUGAUGUAUUUGCAGAGCAAUUUUCUGAUGAACUGUCGAAGGAAUUUGAAGAUGCAAUGAAAAAUUUUCUGUCAGAUGACCCUGCUAUGAUGCAACAGAUAGAGAAACUUGCAGAGGCUGCAGGAGGUGCAGGUGAUUCACCUGAAGGGCAGAAGGAAUUUGGAGAAACAUUGAAGCAAACAUUGAACAGUUUAGCACAAAAUACAGAAGGCUUACAGGACCAUGGUGGCAUGGACGAUGAAAUGAUGAAGAUGUUUUCAGGAAUGGGACUGGAAGCAGGUGGUCAGGAGGAGGGCUUUAUGCCAAUGAUGCAGAACAUGAUGAAAACAUUAUUGUCCAAGGACGUUCUUUAUCCUUCCUUAAAGGAAAUAUCAGAAAAGUAUCCAAAAUGGUUGACUGACAAUGAAGGAAAAAUAACACAGAAACAGCAUUCAGAUUACACUAAACAGAAUGAAAUCAUUAAGGAAAUCCUAGUCGAAUUUGAAAAAGAAAAAGCUGCAGAUUCAGAAGAAGUCAAGAAACAGAGAUUUGAAAAAAUCAUGGAUAUGAUGCAGAGAAUGCAAGACCUUGGUCAACCCCCAAAAGAAAUAGUUGGUGAUAUGGCUCCCGGCCUGGACUUUGAUGCUAAUGGUGUGCCAAAAUUUCCUGGAACUUCAGAUGCUUGUUCAGUCAUGUGACCUUCCACCUCUGUUGUGAUUGGUUCAUUUUGAAUCCCACUACAAAUGUUUUUUACAUCAUGUGAUACUGCACCUUCAUUGUGAUUGGUCAAUACUGAAUUGCACUGCAGAAGUAUGGUGCAUCAUGUGACAAUGUAUCUUUGUUGUGAUUGGUUCAUUUUGAAUUGCUUUUGCCAUGUGAUAGCUAUUUUUACUAAAAAUAGCCAUUAAGGUUCUUAAGUUCCUGAAAUGAACAUAUUCCUUUUGUAUAUAUGGAAAUGCAUUUCAGUGCAAUGUAUUUUUACCCUUUUUUUUUCAAUUUUUUACUUCUUGAUUAUGAAAUGUAAAACACUCAUUCCUUAUUGAGCUGUUACAGGAAUAUGUUUUUAUUAUUUUAAUUCAAAUAUUUUCUGCAUUUUUCAAGGCAUACUAUUCACUCCUGGACCAAUAUGUUAACAAUAUUAUGAAAUUAGUUGCUACCUAUGAUGCAGAAAGCUCUUAUGAUUCAAUUAUAAGCAAAAAAAAUUCAAAAUAUAAACAAGACUUUUUUUUGACUUCGUUAGUACACUUGUAAUAAGUAAAUGCAGGUAUUUAGUACCGUUAAAUAAAGUAUGAAUAAUAAAUAAAGUAUAAAUGAAUUGGUAGUGUUCAACCUAUCAUCGAAGUGUUCCGAGUGUUUCGGAAUAUCUCUGUCAGAGGUGUUGUUUUUACUUUAUUUAAACGUGAUAAUUUUUCGAUUGAUUUUGAAAGUUACUUUAUAUGUUUGUCAUUGUUUCUUUUGUUCUUAUCAAUGACUAUUAUAUUUAUUUACUGUUUUUCCACAUCCUACAUCAGACUGGAAGUGUAAUUUAGGACAGAAGACUGUGGGGUCUUCUAGCAAUAGUCUGAAUUGUAUAGACACUUUCAUUGCAUGUUUUUUUAAAGCGUCUUACAAUCAAAUUAUAGCUCAAAUAUAGCACCAGUCCAAGAUUUUCAAAAUGGCAGUGCCCUGCAAAGUAAGGAUUUUACUCAAAAUUGUUAGACAUAAUUUUUUAAUGAUUUUAAUGUGAUGUCAAUUUAACUGACACAUGUCAUAUAUGUUAGCUAAGAGGCUAAGUUGUUUGAAUACCAGAAUUUUUGACAUUCUUUGUAAAAGUGUAAAUCUUUUUCUUAUUAGAGGGUAUGAAAAUAUAUUAAAAACAGAACUUUUAGUUUCUUAAGUAUGAGUGGGCUUUCAAAGCUUUCUAAACCCAUAAUCUGCCUAUAAGAUGGGUUAACUCACUUCAUUUACUGUACAUUUUAUUUUCCUACAAGACAGGCCUACCUGACAAUUUUGUAUACAAGUUAAGUUUAUCUGAUUUAUUGAUUUUUAGUGCACUUUUGACCAGGCUUUCUUACACCAAACUCUGGUUACCAGAUUAGUAAAUAUUGGCAGGUGGCUUGGUGAAAAAAUAUUGUUCUGAGCGCAAAUUUUCCCAGUAUUACUGGAGGGAUUUUAAACAAAAUUUCACAAAACAGUUGUUGUCAAGAAACAUAUUGUCAGUGUUUUGUUAUUUGCACUGUUAUGGAAACAAAUUUGUCAAAAUUGUUUGAACAGGAAUUGGUUAUAAUUUCCAAAUACCCUGUUUGUAUGACAUACUGAAUUUUGACCUUCUAAAAUGAAUUGAAUUGAAUAAUGCUUCAGUAUUAAGCUUAAAAUAAACUUACUUUAAAUGUAUUAUAUGCAUGUGAUGUAAUAAAUUUACAGUUCUAAUUGUGCUUUCAGUCCGCCAAUGGAAUUAUUACUACCUAUAAGUUAAGUUCUAUAUUAAGUCAUUUUCUGAAAACAUUCUCUUUUAGCUGUGAGAUAUUGCAGAUUAAUGCCUCCUUUACAAAGCUUUCCUAUGUAUAGCUUUAUUUUCUUCAAUUCCUCCCUUAAUAAAAUACAAUUAACUUGUCCUUAUGGUAAUUGGGAACUGCUCAUUUAUAGAUAAAGAGGGGUUUUAGUAAGAAAAUUACUAAGGCAAGUAUUGUUCAAUAUUUCAGAAUUUUCAGAAGUUUUGGUCAUUAGACUCAUUACAGGAAAGGGACCUGAUUCUUUCAAAGACUGUUCUUCUGUUUUUGGCACACAUUUAAGAAAUUUUAUGUUCAAUCAGAGACAGUCUUUAAAGUAAAUUUACAGUUCAACCUCUGUAGAACCACCCUAUGUAGAGCAAUUUCCCCUAUGACAACAAUAGUAUCAAUAUUUCCUAAAGUAAAAAAAAAAAGAAAAAGACAUCCCAACAAAUUUUAAACCUCUCUAAGGCAAGAACUUUCAGCAACAACCAAUUUCUUUGUCUCUGAAAGGGGGCUUUUCUGCAGAGGUUGUAUUAAACUUGUAGUUGAAUAUUUAUGUGAAAAGUUAUAAUGUGGGUUCAACCAUAUCUAUCACAAUGUAUAUAAGUUAUACAUGUAUUGUAUAUGUUUUUGUUUUUCUUUAAUGAAUAUCUGUAACUGAUUGUUGUGAUUGUGAAACAGAUUGUCUGUUUUCUGUACUAAUUGUUAAGAAAUAUUUAUAUUGAAAUUAAGAAUUAAAUUAGAAUGAUUAAAG